AGUGUCCUCACCUCCUUUGCCACUGUAGGUGUUGAAAGGACGAGCAGGCUCUGACUCAGCCAAUCAGCUGCCAGCCACACUGAGACGAAGACACGACCUCGCCAGCUCAGCGACCAGACAUGGCUCCGUGGGGUGAUGCCAAACUCUUCUUCUGCAUCCUCUUCAUCACCUGCUGCUGCACAGUGACCCUGGCGCAGAUCCCCUUAGAUUGCUGCUUGAGUGUCAAAAACAAAAAGGUGGACAAACAAAUCAUCGUAGACUACCGCCAACAACUCAGAGGGAUGGGCUGCUCUAUUGAUGCCACAGUGAUGACGACCAGACGUGGCAAGAAACUGUGUGUGUUUCCUAACGCACCCUGGGUCCCAGAGGUGCUGAAGCAUGUGGAUCACCUGAAGAAAAUAUGCAAGGAAAAUAACAAGAUGAAACGCUGCCAUGGAGUGAAGCCUGAGUAAACUGGGAACCAGCCUUUAACCCACCUCAGCUACAGCAACAACAACAACAACAACAACAACAAUGGGCUGUUGCAAGGAGGAGACUGAUUGAAGCAAACCAAUAAUAAUUCAACAAAUCAAGAUAAUUACAGGGUUUCUAUAUUUAAAGAGCAAUUUCUCUUUUCUACUUUUGUGUUUGAUGAAAUUAAAGAAAAUAAAAACAA